AUGCAUGAAGACGAUUGUGGAUGUGCUCACACGCCAAUGGAGGUAGAUGAGCUCAAUGUUGACUCUAACUUGCUGCCGUCUGGAUUGAGUAUAAGCAGCUCAAUCUUCAACUACAGAGUUGAGAACGGGAGGACAUAUCACCGGUAUAAGGAUGGCAGUGAGCACACUACAGCGCCUUUAUCUCUGUUCUAUCUACUCUUACUCAGACACCAAUUGACAGAAUACAACAUCCCAAAUGAUCUCGCAGAGCAGGAGAGAUUAGGCAAGUUACUCUUGUUAUCGACGGAUACACAUACUCAUACAACGAUUGGCAUGUCGCCAGUAAUUGAAGGCUUUACACUGACGAAAACUCAAGAUCUUCAACACAACAUCUUCCUGCUCACUUUCGACGACAAACUCGGCUUCGCCCCGCCGUGUCAAAAGGGCGCCGAGGUCGGUAGAGUCUUAGACGUCGGAACCGGGACGGGGAUCUGGGCCGUCGACUUUGGUGACGAACACCCAGAGGCGGAGGUUUUGGGCAUUGAUCUCUCUCCUUGUCGAACUACUUCCGUUCCCCCGAAUGUCGACUUCGAGGUCGGCGAUAUCGAAGAUGAGUGGAUUUUUGACGACGAUUUCGACUACAUCCACAGUCGGAUGAUGACCUCGAGCAUCGCAGACUGGAAAGACUACCUCCAAAGAUGUUACGAAAACCUCACCCCGGGGGGCUACCUUGAGCUCCAAGAAUCCGACGUCAUGCCAUCGUCUGACGACGGUACCAUCGAGCGAUCCACGUCCGCGCUCACAAAGUACUGUGUCCUCCUUCUCGAGGCAUCCGUGAAGCUAGGUCGGGGGUACCAAGAUAUCCCAAAGCUUGUCGACUUAAUGCGUGACGAAAUCGGCUUCGUUGAUGUCGAGAUCAAGAGGUACAAGUGGCCCGUGAAUGCGUGGCCCCGCGACAAAAGGCUCCAGGAGCUGGGAUUGUGGAACGGUGAGAAUCUCUCGGCGGGCCUGGAGGCGUUUGCCAUGGCGCCGUUUACGCGGGCGCAUAGUUGGACGCGGGUCGAAGUCGAGACCUUCCUCGUCGACGUAAGGAGGGAGGCUAGGGACCAGAGCAUCCAUGCUUAUUGGAAUAUCUACUCCAUCGUUGGAAGAAAGCCGCUACGUCAAGAUGGAGAUGCUGAUCCGGAGCCGAGUUCGGAAUGA